AUGCGGCCUUUGACUGAAGAAGAGACCCGUGUCAUGUUUGAGAAGAUCGCCAGAUACAUCGGGGAGAAUCUUCAGCUGCUGGUGGACCAGCCCGAUGGCAUCUACUGUUUCCAUCUGCACAACGACCAGGUGUACUAUGUGAGUGAAAAGAUUAUGAAGUUGGCCGCUAAUAUCUCUGGAGACAAGCUGGUGUCGCUGGGGUCCUGCUUUGGAAAAGUCACUAAAACCCACAAGUUUUGGUUGCACGUCACAGCCCUGGAUUACCUUGCACCUUAUGCCAAGUAUAAAGUGUGGAUAAAGCCUGGUGCAGAACAGUCCUUCCUGUGUGGGAACCAUGUGUUGAAAUGUGGUCUGGGUCGAAUCACUGAAAAUACUUCUCAGUACCAGGGUGUGGUGGUGUACUCCAUGGCAGACAUCCCUUUGCGUUUUGGGGUGGCAGCAAAAUCUACACAAGACUGCAGAAAAGUAGACCCCAUGGCGAUUGUGGUAUUUCAUCAGGCAGACAUUGGGGAAUACGUGCGGCAUGAAGAGACGUUGACUUAA